UUAAUUAAUUUUGAAACAUAAAAGUUCUCUCAUUUUUCCCCAGUCUUCAGGCAGUCAGUGAUCGGCCGGUGAACCGAUUAGGGAGAGAAAACGCGCGCAAAUCCUCGUCGUGUAAAGGGGAAAACGAAGAUCCAACUUCGUCUACAGUAUACAUCUUCUUCCGCUUCUUCCUUUACACUAUUUCAUUAUUUUUCUCUCCUCACUGAAUUUCAUCUUAAUGAACCCUAAUUUCAUCGGAACCUCAAUCUCCGAUCAUUGGCGAAGGUUUAGGGGUCGAUCAAAUGAUUUUAUCUUUUUACUUUAAUAUUUGAUGCACCAACGACAUCGUAAGCCUAAAUUCGAAGCAAACUCUGUCUCAGAUCCCAAGAUGGAGCCUCAAUCUAUCAAAUCCUUUCAAUUUAGGCAAAACCCCAAUCCUAGAUCAAGUUCCUUCUACAAAACCCUAAAAAAUCAACCUAAGUUGAACUUUAUAACCAUUUCUAUCUUUUGCAUUGCAUUUUCCUUUGUUUUCUAUCUGUUAUUUGUCCUUUUCCGGCAUAAAACUCCGUAUAAUGGUCGGAAAUUUGGGAUUAUUAUCGAUGGAGGUAGUACUGGGUCUAGAAUUCAUGUUUUUGAGUAUAGGAUUGAAGCUGGGGUGCCAAGAUUUGAUUUUACACCUAAUGGGCACGCAUCUUUAAAGGUGAAUCCGGGUCUGUCGUCUUUUGAGGAUGAUCCUGAAGGAGCUGGCGAGUCGUUGGUGAAGCUGUUAGAUUUUGGGAAGAGAAUUGUGCCUAGAGAAUUGUGGGGAGAUACUGAGAUUAAGUUAAUGGCCACUGCUGGGCUCCGGCUGCUCGAUUUGAAAGUUCAGGAUCGGAUUCUGGAGUCCUGCCGUAGAGUUUUGAGGUCGUCAGGGUUGAAGUUUCGUGAUGACUGGGCAUUGAUCAUCACAGGAUCAGAUGAAGGUUUAUAUGCUUGGAUUGUGGCAAAUUAUGCACUUGGCACUCUUGGAGGGGACCCUUACUUAACAACUGGUAUCAUUGAGCUUGGUGGGGCUUCUGCUCAGGUCACAUUUGUCUCGAAAGAAUCAGUGCCUCCUGAGUUUUCUCGUUCACUUAAAUAUGGAAAUGCAACCUACCAUCUCUACAGCAACAGUUUGCUUCAUUUCGGUCAGAAUGUAGCCUUUGAUUCACUGAAGGAAUUACUUGUUUCAACUGGUAUAAAGUCGGCUACUGAGUCUUCUGACAAGGAACUAAUAAUGGAUCCCUGUACUCCUAAGGGAUAUGCUCAGGCCACUAAAUCGUUUAACUUUUCUCCCGAUUCUGUUGCCAAAAAGUAUUCGUCUACAUUUCAUGCUAUUGGGAACUUCUCAGAGUGCAGAGCUACUGCCUUGAAGCUCUUACAUAGAGGCAAAGAUGAUUGCUCUUAUCAUCACUGUAGUUUGGGUGCCACAUUCAUGCCUAAGCUGCAUGGAAGAUUUUUGGCUACUGAGAAUUUUUUUCACACUUCCCAGUUCUUUGGUUUAGCUCCAGAAGCCGUUCUUUCUGAUGUAUUGAAUGCUGGUCAACAAUUUUGUGAAGACGACUGGUCAAAUAUCCGAAAGAAAUAUGCUUCACUUGAAGCGGAAAAUAUCUUACAUUACUGCUUCUCUUCGGCCUACAUUGUCGCUCUUUUACAUGAUAGCCUUGGUGUUGCCUUAGAUGACAGAAGGAUUGGAUACACCAAUAAGGUUGAUAAUAUUUCUCUCGAUUGGGCGUUAGGUGCUUUUAUCUUGCAAACAACAGAAGCCAACAAUGGAGCUAACCAUUGGUGGAUUGCCUCUUUAACCAGUGACAUCUUUUCUAAUGUUUUCUUGAUUACUGGUGCCUUUAUCUUGUUAAUAUUUGCUGCCUGUUAUAUAUCUCAAUGGAGAAAACCAUACUUCAAAACCAUUUAUGAUUUGGAGAAAGGACGGUACAUAAAGACUCGCAUUAACAGGUGAUGUUCAUAAAUCAUAUUUCAUACAUUUGCAAAUUGAAACCCCUUGCAUGCCUUGCCGGCUACAGAACAAGGAAAUGGAUCAAUCAUCAACAUAUACCUUUUGGGUGACGGUAUUCCGAGAAUGACAACUUACUCCUGGAAGGUUAGAGUUUCAUUCUUUUUGUGGACAGAUUGCAGGACCCAGAUUUUCAGAGUUACAUCCCCCUCGUUUUCUUGUGUGUAAAUUCAUUGGUUCUCCAUGUAAACUAGAGGCAGUCGAAAGCCUCGUAGCGCAGAUUGCUAAACUACUGUUGUAGGCUGUUAUGACACAUACUUGUAUGAAGCUUGCCUGUUAUGAUCGAUCUUAUUUUGGUAUUUAUUCUUAAUUCUAACUGAAUAAAAUUUGUGAUUCUAUUGUUAAUUUCCGUAAUACACUCUUUCAAUCGUGAUCUCAACGUUUGAGAGGCAUGCCUACUGUAGUUGUACUAACCUUCUUCGUUUCUUCCA